CACACCACCAAAUGUAGAAUCCCUACUAGAACAAACUGAGAACCCAGCACAGGCAAAGGAUUCCCUGUUUUUAACUUCAGGUCAUGUAUUGCCUAUAACAGAAGGCUCAGAUGAUGACAACGAAGAGCCAAUUUUCACUGGUGUGGAUCUAGAAAGUGCUAAUCAGAUCAAGGAUUUUGUCAGUCUGUCAUUGCAUAGACCGAUGUCAUCUACUCCGGAGAAGGGACUAAAUGGGCCGAGUAUAGAACAGAGUUUUCCAUCUGAUGAUCCAGAAGUAGUUUCUUGUGAUGGUUCAGACACUCUGUCUGUGGAGAAUAUCAGAUACAUUCUAGAGAAUGUCCCCAGUGAAGUUCUGGAAGGUAAUGAGGUGAAAGUUGUUGUGCUUACAGAUACUGAGGACCUUUCUGAAGAAGACUUAUUGAGAUUGACCUUUUCAGCUAUAGAAGGGUCAGACAAUAGUAUGGUCAGAGAUGAAGGUUUUUUGGAGUCAAACAUUGUCAAGGAUGGAUGGAUUGAGGAUGGAGAAAAUUCCCGUAAUGGUGAAAAAGGUAUUGAUGGAUCUUCAAGUUACCCUGAGUUGUUUAACCGAAACUUUAGAAGAAAUGGUGAAACGACUUCAAGAACAGCUGGUCAGCACGAUGAAGGUAUAACUAGCAAUGACAAUCACCACAAUAGCGCCGGUGACAACCAAGAGGUCUCAAAUGAAAAUACUUCGAAACAAAGGCAGUCGUCGUCCGGCUUAAGUCCAAGAAGCUCCUGUGGUC